AUGGACAAGGCUAUGGACGGGAGCAAGGUGCCGCGACCUAGCAUCACGCGGGAGGCCAGGAAGGGGAGCCAGAGCUAUGAGCUGUUUCAAGCGGCCGAGAGCAGUAAGUGGGUAGCUGAAAGCUACGAAGGAACCGAAAUCGUAGAGGUCAACCCGAUCAACAACUGGGACGAGGAGGUGGUUGGCCUCAUAAUCCCGCGGGGCAAGGAGGAUAUGACCGAGGGUCUUCUCGCCGUGGCCAGGGAACGCUUCCCGGAUCUGGCGAACAACGAGGAGGGAGAGAAGGUACUGGAAACCAACACCAGGAUGGGCAACAGGACCAGAAGGAAGAGGAUACUGGUGGCGAGGCCCGAUGCUGAAGACCCGACCGAGGCGAUGUACCGGGGGAUAGUGGAGCUGGGCAGUAUUGCCAGCCUGGAGGGAGCGGACAUGAUCUCUUUCGCGGCGCCUGCUUUCAUGGCCGGGACAGCGAGGAAGAUGGCGGCCUGCGUCCUGGUUGCCAAACUGGGAAUACUAGCCAGGGUCUGCGUCCCAAAGCGGCAACUCAGGCAGGCAGAAAUCACCCGUCCCCCACUGGCGCGGCAAACCAGCACUAGGCCCAAAAAACACCGCCAUGAUGCUAUCCUGAUCAAGGGGACCAAGCGGGAGGAGUACCCGGAACUGCUCGCCAAGGCGAGGAAGGCGAUUAGAGGCACAACCUCAAGCGGGGGCAGCGCCAAGGAAGUCGCUAAACUGAUUGCGGAGAGUAAGGUGGGGGAAAAAGUGGAGGCCCUCACAGGCGGAGGGAAGGCCACCAUAAUGAUGACCAAUAUCGAGGCUGCUCUAAGCGAAGAGGAGGUCAAGGCCGCUAUCGUGGAGCAAACCGGGGCAGCCGCCAAAGAUAUCGAAAUCAGAAACCUAAGAGGCGGACUUAGGAGCAAGCAGUCCGCGGUGGUGCUGGCUCCCGCGGAUGUCGGCGCCACGAUCUUGGCGCAUAAGGGUAUCAUCAUGGGGUUGACCCCUGCCAGCGUCAGGCCCAGACUUAAUAUCGAGAAAUGCCACAAAUGCUGGGAGCACGGCCAUACCGCCAGCAGGUGCGCGGGAUUGGUCAAAAUGCUGCCUCAAAUGCGGCAAAGCUGGACACAUGGCAGAGAAAUGCACAGAGGAACCAUACUGUCCCCUGUGUAA